AGACCAGAGAAAAAAAAGGCUAGAGGAGUAGAAAGAAAGAAGAAGGGAUGGGCAUGAAGCAAAGAUGGCUGGGGAUUAUGUUACUGAGACCAAAGCCGAAGUGAGAGAAAGAGAGAGAAGGAGUGUAUUCCAAGACACAAUGAUUACGUCGUCUUAGGGAAGGUAGGAGGUGGUGGGGGGGGGAGGCGUGGAAUUGGAAAGCGGAGGGCUUGGGGGAGGCAGAACGUGGGUCUUGACCGAGGUGGACCUGCAUCCAAUCUUUGGAUCUCUUUUCACCGCGUCAGGCCUGGUCGGCUCUAUUUCUAUACUCGGCCAUGGCCAUGCGCUCUUUCCCCCUUCCCCUCUCGUUCUCUCUCUUCUGUGGCCGCAGCAGCAGAGAGUAAUUAUAAUAUCUCCGAGAAGGGCGGUGCCAAAAAGAGAGAACCCCUCCCAGUAUGGGGAAUCGAAGAGCGAAUCGCGUAGGAGCAAAGUAAAACCCCCCGGGAUUGCCGUACACGACCGAGCGGAGUAGAGUAGCUAGCUUAUACCACCUCCCCUCUCCCUACGGAUAAAUAAAUAGAGAGGCCGUCCGCUCUCCAGGAAGGAUUAAAAGGAGAGAAGAAGGGGAAGACAAACAUAAAAAGACCGCAGCUUUUUAUGUUGUAAUAGCUUAAAGGUGGAGAAAGGGAGAGGAAAGGGACGUAGGGUAGGGUGAGGGAGAUGGAAAAUAAUGGAGAGGGUUCUUCUAGUAGGGGCCAUGAAUUCCAAGGAUAUCAGGAAGAGGAACAGCAGCAGCAACACUAUAACAAUAACAACAUGAGCAACCAAAGUGGUGGUGGUGGUGCUGGAGGUGAAGGGUUCGUGUAUCCAACCGAAGCAGCCGCCGCCGCCGCUAUUGGUGUUGGUGUUGGUGGUGUCGCUUCUUCUUCAGUUCUGCCAUGGCCGCUGCCUCCUAUACAUCACUUAAGCUCGACUCAGUUUGCGCCAUCUGAUUUAGUUCGAGAUCAGAACCAAGAACAGUUCUUUCCUUCUCUCCCGCCACUCCCUCCCCCGCCGCCGCCACCUCCUCCUCCCCCUCCUUUCUAUGCCGACUUGUACGCACGAAGGGCUUCGACAGCUCUGCAAUUCGCUUACGGUGGUGCUGGCCUCGGCUCUUCUUCGGAUCCUUUGGGACUUGGGGGUCUUUACAUGGGGUCCGAGGCAUUGGCUCGCGGUGGAGGGGUGUCUCCUUUGUCCGCCUUUGGAGGCCUUCAUGCGGAGUUGGGUAAGUUGACGCCGCAGGAGAUCAUGGAUGCCAAGGCGCUUGCAGCUUCCAAGAGUCACAGCGAAGCCGAGCGCCGGCGACGCGAGCGUAUCAACGCCCAUCUUGCUAAGCUGCGCAGCUUGCUGCCCAGCACCACCAAGACGGACAAAGCCUCCCUGCUAGCGGAGGUGAUCCAGCACGUCAAAGAAUUGAAGCGGCAGACGUCGGAAAUCGCUGAAGACAGCCCGCUGCCAACCGAAUCCGACGAGCUCACAGUUGAUGCCAGCAGCGAUGAGGAUGGCAGAUUCAUAGUGAAGGCUUCGCUGUGCUGCGACGACCGCUCGGACCUCCUUCCGGACCUCAUCAAGGCACUGAAGGCUCUCAGGCUCCGCACGCUUAAGGCCGAGAUCACCACCCUAGGAGGCCGUGUCAAGAACGUGCUCGUCAUCACCGGUGAAGAUGAUGCCGACCAUCAGCAGCAGCAGCAGUCCAUAGCCUCCAUCCAAGAAGCACUGAAAGCAGUCAUGGAGCGGACGACGGCAAGCGACGAGCCGUCCUCGGCCGGUGGUAUUAAGCGGCAGCGGACCACCAAUCUCUCUACCAUACUCGAACACAGGUCUAUUUAACUCAAACAAAAGAUAUAUACAUAGUAAUAUGAGAUCAUAACUAUAGGUUUUUCUUUCUCGCUCUUUCUCUCUUUUUCUUUCUUUUCUUUUUUUCCCACAUGAAGGGUUUGGACUGGUAUUAUGCCGUUGUAUUGUUUGGUGUGUGUCUGCUGGCGGGAAGGGGAAGGAUUUUGGUUUUGGGGUUUGUGGGAUUGCAGUGAUGGAGAAAGGGGAGGUUGGGCUUUAGCCGGAAAGGGUUGGGGUGGAUCUUUUUCGUGAGAAGGGAUGGAGUGGACAAUAAAUAUUCUGAUUGGGAGAGAGUGGGAGUUAAUGCUACUAAUGAUGGAUGGAUAUUGGACCGGCAGUAUUGCGCAACUCCUCUGUGGAUAUCCAAUGAAGACGUGCUGGUUUGCGGGUCACUACUGUACUGUCGCCUCUCUUUUGGUGGCUUGUUUUCUGGUUUGGAGCGUGUCAUGCGACGUCUGCGUUGAUCCAAAGGCGCCGUGCAUGACGUAGAAUCCAAGGCAUGCAACUCCCGUGGGGAUAUCCACUGAAGAAUAUGAAGGGAAAAAGAGGUUGGAACACGGGGUUCUAUAAUUAAUCUUCAUUGCUCGAGUUAUUUAUGCCGAUUAAGUUGCCUGAGUUCAAUAUGUUUCAGCGGAUCAAAGAUUGUGGUCCUUAGGGUCCUUGUUUUAGAGAGUGCAAGAAUGUAUUUAGCUCUAGAUAUUAUGGUCUACUUCUUUCUAAUUGG